AUGGGCUUGAUCAAGAGCCAGAAACCAGUGCUGGCCGUCUGGGUCGGGAGCAGUAAAAGAAUCCCCCGGCCAGCUGGCACCAAGAAGCGAAGAAGAAGAAGCGAAUCAAGAGUCGCCGGCAACGGUCGACAGGCGAUGUUGCGCAAGUCCCAGCUGGGAUCUUCCACACACCACAUCCUCAUCGAUUCCUCAUAA